AUGCAACCACUAGGGAAAACACUAAAAGCAGCGAAAAUUGAAGGUCGUCCCUGGCAACAAGAACUGAACAGAUUCUUAUUGCAAUACCGCACAACCCCACAUUCCACAACUGGAGUACCACCAGCAGAACUAUUAUUUAACAGAACCGCCAAAGGAAAAUUACCUGUGUUACAAAAGCGGAAUAUUAUCAACUGCCACCGACAAGCCCGUCAGAACGAAGAAUUGAAAAAGGAGUGCAACAAGAAAUACGCUGACAACAAGCGAAACGUGAAAAAGAGUGACAUCAAAGUCGGUGAUCGUGUCCUGGUUAAACAAAAACAAAACAAACUUACAUCACAAUGCAACGAAGUACCGUACA